AUGGUAAAACGCUCUAGCAGCCUCACGAAGUUUUCAGCCUCUUUAAAAAGAUGCAAGACGAAGCGUUUGGAUUACUUUCGUCUCAGUUUUACUAGCGUUGGGCAGCUAGCAUUCAAGUCACUGCUGGAGCUUGAUGAUGAUCAAAUUGUUGCAGGAGCAUAUUUAUUGAUGGUGCACGUCCUAAAGGUGGUGCUGAAUGGAGGCCACGCUUACGAGAUUGCCAACAAAUGUCGUGUUUGGGAGCACGACACCGGCCACAGCGACGAGUACGUGAAGCUGCUCAACGAUCCUAUGUUCGCGUGGAGCAGCGUCACCAUCUCCCUCGUCCACGAGCACUACGAUGGAUUCAAAGACGCGAAGAAGCUCGUGGAUGGUGGCCUUGGAAUGUGCAUGGGCAAGAUCGUGGAGAAAUAUCCCCACAUCGAAGGUGUCAACUUUGAUCUCCCUCACACUUCUACUUUGCUCAAUUUUAGCGACGAGGAUUGCCUGAAGAUGCUGGCGAAUUGCAACAAAGCUCUGCCACGAGGAGGCAAGAUGAUAGUGGUCGACCUUAUGUACUCCAAGGACGGGGCUGGACCUACACCGACGGUGGCAAGACCAGGCGAUUUGAAGAACACAAGGUGCUGCUUGAAAAAAGUGGCUUUGGCAACGUUUCCCUCUUGA